AUGGGAUUUAUGUCCUUCCUGCGCGAUGAUCGCGUCGCCCUCAUUGGGAUGGCCAUAGCUGCUGCCGCCUUGAUUAGCAGUAUGAUGGCGGUAGUUUCUAUGGUCAUCGAAGACAACAAAAUCGAGCGCCCCGAGCCGAAGACGCAGUACAUUACACAAGAGACGGAAGAUUCUCUUCAGCUGGACACGUUGGAAAAGCUCAUAAAUCAUCCGAGCUACUCGAUCAGAGAAGUCGCCGUCAAGAUCCUGUGCGACCGCGCAGUUAACGACGCCGACACGAUCCACAUUCUCCUCCACGGCAUAACGAGAAAAGACUACGGCCAUAGGUUACGGUGUCUUAAAGCGCUCGCGCUUCUAUUAUCCCAAACGGGUGAGGCCCCUACAACAUUCGACUCCCUCAAAACAUAUGGGGCGAUGGUAAGAUCUCUAGAGAUUGGUCUAGAUGAUGUCGAACGCCCAAAACUCGACGACCCUUACUUCGACGAGUACUAUCUACGAGACAUGGCCGAGCGGACCAAUCUGCUCUUAAUAUACCAACUGAUACAGAAGAACGGAGCUGCCAAGCUUCUCAUGGCGAAAUUCGUGGAACGGUGGCUAGCCAAACAGAACUGGGGAGACUCGGAGAACGAGAUCCAUGAAAACUUCAAGAUGUAUACCGAAGGCAACAAAAGCAACCCAAUACGCGGAAUUGUUGAUUGCAUUAGGACCGCGACGGGCGGCUUGGAGACUUUGAGAAACUGCGGUCUGGUCGCGAGAGAAGAAACCCCACCUUAUCGCGGAGAGGUCUGGGGCAUCACGUUUAGUACCGUUCCCCGAGGCUCCGACGAAGAUGGUGUACGCGACUCUGAGCUAUCAGCAGACGAGAUCAGGAGGCUACGACGCGAGGCGUUCGUCUUCAACGACGGAACCCGGCCCGUCUCGCGGCUUGACAUUGUUGAGAGGACGAACCCUCAUUAA